AUGGCCGAAUCGAAGACAAUCCUCAUAUUAGGAGCCUCAUACGCCGGACUAUCAUCAGCACACUACAUUCUCAAACAUGUUCUCCCCAGUCUACCUCUAGACCAUAAAAUAGCGCUCGUCGCCCCGUCAAAUGAAGUCUUCUGUCGACCUGCCUGCCCACGAGCACUGGUUUCAGACUCUCUCCUCCCACAGGAGAAGCUAUUCGCUGAUAUUCCAUCACUUCUUGCGGGAAAAGAGCGAAUCGUUUUUGAGCAAGGCCUCGCAAUAUCCCUAAAUCAUCGCGAGCGAAAGGUCCGUGUCCAGGCCGGUACCGUCGAGAAAGAUAUAUGUUACCAUGCCCUGAUCAUUGCGACCGGCGCAUCGACUGAAUCACCCUUGCUCGGACUAAAUGAGGGCACUUCGGAAAGAUUACGCACAUCCUGGGGUUCGUUUCGUGAGGCGCUUCCGACCGCGAAGAGAAUCGUUAUCGGAGGUGGCGGACCUGCGGGGAUUGAGGUUGCCGGGGAACUGGGCGAAUACUUGAAUGGAUAUCUGGGGUGGAAGGGAGGAAAGUUGAAGGAUCCCAGAGUAUCUAUCACAGUCGUCACAGCUGGAACGCAAAUUCUGCCUGCCUUGCGAGAGAGCAUUGCGCGCAAAGCAGAGGGGUAUCUUGCGCGAUUGGGCAUUUCCAUACUCAAAGGUGUGCGAAUUGAGGCUGUGGAUCCUGUCAACUCUGGGAAUGAAGGAAAACUCUUGACUGGAAAGACGUGUGUCAGAUUUUCGAAUGGGGAGAGCAUUGAGGCCGACAUCUACAUUCCUGCCAUGGGCACAAAGCCGAAUACGAGGUUUGUGGAUGAUGAACUCCUACUUGAUGGACUGGUAGAGACUGAUCAGCACUUGCGGGUCGAGAAGGCCGGCCCGCGGGUGUAUGCGAUUGGGGAUGCGAGCUCAUAUGCGCGGCCAGCGGUGCAUGCGAUUCUCAGUGCGGUGCCGGUUCUCUGCGCAAAUAUCAAGAGAGAUUUACUUCUGGAGGCGGGGCAAAAUGCGGGCGAGGAUCGUGUGUUCCGGGAGGAUCUGCGAGAGACGCAAUUGGUGCCGAUCGGAAGGAAUAAAGGAGUUGGAGCGGCGAUGGGCUGGCAGUUGCCCAGUUUUUUGGUGUGGCUGAUCAAGGGCCGGGACUAUUGGCUUUGGACAACGGGGAAACUGUGGUCAGGCAAGCAGUGGGCCAAGGGAGCAUAG